AUGGGGGUAGGAGUCCUGGUCAUAGCAGCGUUUGUUGUGCUGGCGUUUGCAAUGUGGUUCAUUGGAGAAAGGCUAGAGAUGGGAGGGCAAGGGUGCGCGGCAGGGCUUCUGCUCUUGGUCGUUGUGGUGAUCAUCUUAGCAGUGGCACCCAAAAAGUCGUCGAGGCACACCAACAGCGACGAGAUCAAGGGACACGACGAGACGAUCGUCCAGCGGGCCUUUUUGAUGAUCGCGAUGGUACUUGGCGUCCUGGGCUCUUUGUUAGGGCUGAUCGUGCAUCACGUCCAGCAACCAAAGUACUCCAGACCGUUGAGCAUGCGGCAAGAUAUCCUCCGUCAACGAUAG